AUGGUUAAUGGCCUCACAGGAGCAUUUUCGCUUGUUCUGUUAUUCCAAAACUUUGUAGAGCCCAUAAAAUAUAACAACACGAAUUGCUAUGUACACAUGCAUAAUAAUGUCAAUAGAAACAACCUUAUCAACACAGAAACGAGGGAAGUAUAUCAGAGUAGAAUAAAGGGAACCAAGAAUAUUCUUCAUGAGAGUUACAGGAACAGGUAUGUACCACUCUUCGUGUCCAAAGGAACCGAACUGCUAAGUUCGUUUUUUAAGAAUAAUAGACGGAGAAGUGGAGAUAACUCGACGAAUAUUUCGAAGAACGGGAAGAAGAGUUCGCCGUCUUCGUUCAAAGAGAAUAACUCCCCGCGUGCCACUAUAUGCAGAUCUUCAAGUGGGAGAAAAUGGGACUCAAGUAAGGGUACCGCGGAGCAAAAUGUUGCUCACGAGAAAGAGUGCACUGAGCAAAAGAGGACGAUUGAGGAAUUAACAGAUGAAUUGCUUAGCAGCCUCAGUAGUCACACCGAUGAAGGCUUUAUGAGUGUCACAUCGAUUGAUCGCAACAACAGGAACUACAUACCAGGAAAAACUCACCACCCAAGGAAUAUGAACAAUGAAAAUGGGAAGAGCGACGACAAUCUUUAUACGAAUUCAGCUAGUUACAGCCCAGGAAAAAUGUCCGAUGUAUUCUCAAACGGGGAUUUUGCCAAGGAGAGUGUCAGAAGGAAAAACAACAUAGAAGACAAUCUCACUUUUAUGAUGGAUCUGAUUAAGGAAUCCUCUCCCAUACCUUACAAGGGUGGCGAUGUGAUCAUUCCUCAGGAUCGUUCGGGAGAUGUACUAAUGGAUGGUAGACGGCUAAACAAAGGGAAGGUAAAAAAGAGGAAGAAACAUCUGAACAGACUUUAUUACAGCUUUAGGGGCCAUAAUGAUUUUCUCUCCCGAAAGGAGGGUACCCAUGGGGGUGAUGUGUGUCUCGGCCCGGUAAGUAACUCUCCUGUACAGCAGAAGGAACGAAACCCGUUACAGGGAAGGGUGCACCGUACCAAGGCGCAGAAUUUUCACGACGGUGAGAAUGAUUUUGCUUCUCCUGCCAUUCAUUCAAGCGACUCCAACGAUUUCCUAACAUAUGAAGAAAAAGAGAGGGCAAAGGAAAAGGCCUAUAGGGAAUACACAAAGUACAUAGAGGAGAGAAGGUACCCAUAUUUUAAUUUCGUAAAAAAUAAGAAUGGGAAGAUAAUAAAAAAAUUACUAAUUGCAAAUAACGGCAUGGCAGCGAUGAAAUGCAUUUUAUCAAUAAAGGAAUGGCUAUUUAAAUCUUUUUCUGAGGAAAACUUAAUUAAGAUCAUAGUGCUAGCCACAGAAGAAGACAUAUCAAGCAAUGCAAAAUACAUUUCGUUUGCCAACAAAGUUAUAAAGGUACCUCCUGGAAAAAACUCCAACAACUAUGCCAAUGUUCAGCUAAUUGUGGAUAUAGCAAAAAAGGAACAAGUGGAUGCCGUUUGGCCAGGAUGGGGACACUGUUCAGAAAAUCCCCUACUCUCCACCAUGUUGGAAAAGGAGAACAUCAUUUUUAUAGGACCAACUGGAGAUGUAAUGGAAGCCUUAGGAGAUAAAAUAUCUGCUAAUAUUCUGGCACAAAGUGUAAAUGUACCAGUUGUAAAAUGGAGUGGAGACAGCAUACGAGUUGAUAAUUUUGAUAAAAAAAUUAGUGAAGAUAUAUACAAUAAAUCUACCAUACAUUCCUUAGAUGCCUGUAUAAAGGAGUGCCAACGGAUUGGAUACCCUGUUAUGAUAAAAGCAUCACAAGGAGGAGGGGGGAAAGGUAUUCGGAAAGUGGAGAACGAAGAAGAAAUAAAGAAAGCCUACACACAAGUGCAAAUGGAAUUACCCAACUCGCCUAUCUUUCUAAUGAAAGUCUGUAGCAACGUUAGACACAUCGAAAUACAAGUUGUUGGGGAUAUGUAUGGUAAUGUAUGCUCCCUUAGUGGAAGAGACUGCACGACCCAAAGGAGGUUCCAAAAAAUUUUUGAAGAAGGGCCCCCCUCAGUUGUACCUCCGAAUAUUUUCCGUGAAAUGGAAAAGGCAUCCAUACGUCUAACAAAAAUGAUAAAAUAUAGAGGUGCGGGAACUAUUGAGUAUUUAUAUGACCAGGAGAAGCAGACUUAUUUUUUUCUCGAAUUAAAUCCUCGACUGCAGGUGGAACACCCCGUGUCGGAGGGCAUCACCAACACGAAUCUUAUUUCGAUACAGCUACAGGUGGCCAUGGGAAUUCCCCUCCAGAAUAUAGAUGACAUUAGGAGGUUGUACCGAAUAGGGGAAGGGCACGGGGACGCGAGUUUUCGUUCGCCGAUAGGGGCCUUUCACAGGUUAGGUUCCCCAUGUGACUACACCCCUCCUCCAAAUGGUACGAGCGAAAGCAGCGGUGGUGCUAGUAUUGACUGCGAUGAUGGUAGUAAGAAUGGAGGAGACCAAACUAAUGAAUUCUCCCCCGCCCGCGCGGAACAGAUGGAUCCAUUCGACUUCUAUAAUAACAGGCCACACGUGAGCAACCACGUGAUUGCCGCCAGAAUCACUGCAGAAAAUAGCAACGACAGUUUUAAGCCCACUUCGGGAAAGGUAAAAAGAAUCCAUUUCCAAAAUUCGAACGACGUGUGGGGAUACUUCUCAAUCAAUGAUGGAUCCGUGCAUGAAUUUUCUGAUUCACAAAUUGGGCACAUUUUUGCAAAAGGAGAAACGAGAGAAGUAGCUAGAAAAAAUUUAAUCCUCGCAUUAAGGAAAUUAAACAUAGACGGAGAAAUAAAGACAGGCACAAAAUAUUUAGCAAAAAUUUUGGAAUGCAAACCAUUUAUUGAAAAUAACAUAACGACAAAUUGGUUGGAUACAAUUAUUGAGAAAAAAAAAUAUAUAUAUUACAGCGCAGUACAUAUAAUAAUUUUGUGUGCCACGAUUUUUAAACUACUCAUUCAUUUUAUCAAGGAAAAAGAAGUUAUUGAAGAUGCGCUCAAUAGAGAAGACAUUGGAAUUAAGCCACAGGAAGAUGCCUUCACUAAUUUAAAGAGAGAAGUAAAAAAUGCGUACGUGUUUGAUAUCGUAUUUGAAAAUGUGAGGUACAAUUUUAAGGGCUAUAACACAGGGGAGAAUCUUUAUACUCUAAAAAUUAAUGGACAAGAAAUCGAAGUUUUAGCAGAUUAUGAUAAAAAGAACAAUAAAAUAUUUGCGAGCUUUUUCAAUCACACUUAUUUGUAUACAUGUUUAGAAGACAGCUUAGGAAUCCACAUGCAUCUGGAUAAGGACAGUAUUUUUAUCCCCAAGAUUAGUAACCCAUUUCAUUUGGUGUCGAAUACGAAUGGGAAAAUUGUAAAAUAUUUGAUAAAGGAUGGAGAGAAGAUAGAGAAGAAUGAAGACUAUAUAGAAGUCGAGGCCAUGAAAAUGAUAAUGACAUUUAAGUCUACAGAGAAGGGUAUACUCAGGCACAAGAUGUCGGAGGGUACCAUUGUAAAAAUAGGGGAUCUCCUGGGAGUGAUUGAGGAAAACUCUCUUGAUAGUAACACUCAGCGGGGAGAGAAAAACGAAAUUAAAACCUUCACUGGACAUUUGGACUUAUCGAAUAAGUAUGCAUACGAGUUAGAGGAAGCAAGUCGACUGUCAUAUCCCAUUAAGGGGGAAAAUGUUAUGCUCGGUUCUGUCCCCACGUAUGAGUCUACGGAAGGUGUCUGGCCCAUUAGUGAUCAAAAAAUGGGAAGAGGUCAUUUGUAUAAGGGAACUGCAAAUUGUGACGAUGAAGGGACACUGAGAGUUGUGCCAAACCAUGCGUCAAAUGAAAUGCAUCGUCUGAGUGAAAAUGCUGCUGGGACACAACACGGUAUGGAUGCCACCAAGUCAGAGGAUACCUCCUUCUUCUCCUCCUUCGAACAAGACGAAGUAUCAUCCAAGGAAGGAAUCACAAAGAAUCGGCUAUUCCUAAAGCAGAGGAAAAAUAUAUUCCGCUUAUUUGCAAGCAAGAAAACCAGUGAUAAGAAGGAACAUACCGCAGCGAGUUACGUGAACGAGAAAUUUAAUUCCUUCAAGGAGUACCUGACUAGUUUGAGUUCGUCCGACGAAAGGUCGGCGGCACCCACCAGUGUCAGCACGAGCGUCAAGGUGGAGGCAGAUGUGGACGAAUCUGCGCAGAUGGGAGUGGACGUAGCCGCGGAGUCGAACAAAUCGUACUCCAAUUCUGAAUCCAGGGAGUGUGCGAAUGAGUCGUCCAGUGCACACACGGUGAAUGAUGAGUCGGGAAGUGCUCACCAGGGGAAAAACUCUACUGGCCUUAACUCAACCUGCGAGAAUUCUUCAACUAGCGAAAGGAGGAACCGUAACGAAAAUUCGUCGAGCGAAGUUGUGUCCACGAGGAAUGCCUCCAAUGAGAAGACGUCCAACGAGGGUACGCUCAAUUGGGGCACGGAAAAUAAGGAGGCAUCGAAAACUUCAUCAAAAAGUUCAUCAAAAAGUUCAUCAAAAAGUGCAUCAAAAAGUGCAUCGGAAGGAACUUUCAAAUGCACCUCCAACAGUCGCACACAAGUGGGGGGGGAUACGCCGGGGGUGGAUUCUCCAGGUGGUCACCCGUCCACCGCUGAAGAACCCAGAAAGGAACAAUUCCUUUUAGACAUCCCGAAUAUGAAGAGAGUAGAAUAUUUACUAAAAGGAUAUGAGCAGGAUUACGAAGAAUGCUUCAAUCAAUUAGUGAAAAAUAAACGAAACUUCAUCCCUAACAUUAUUUACAUUUUAAAAAAGUUUAUAGAGUACAAUUCACUAUUUGCUGAAGAAGAAAACAUCACGCAGGUAGAAGUUUACGAUAUUUUGCACACCAAGUUUAGGAACGAGAAAAAAAAAAAAUAUGAAAUUGCCCAUGCAUAUACCUAUAACUAUUUAAGCAUAAAAUUUGUUUUAUUAGUUUUAAAAUACUUACUAGACAGUGGGUUAUCUUCACUCAGUGAAGUGCCAAAUGACCUUCUGGAUAAACUAAAAGUGAUAACAUCCUUUAGAGGGAAAUUAUUUGGCAACAUAAUUCUACUGACGAGGGCGAUAGUACACAUGGCGGAACGUAUGCGCUUGGUUGAUUUGGUAAAAGGUGCAUUAAACGAUAGGAGUCACCUUUCUGGUGAUAAAAUUAGCCAACUGGAGGAACACAUAAAGAUAAAGCAGAGCAUCAUUACACGGUCAAGAUUGGGACAAUUUUCAACUGAUACAUUUACGCCCUCUUCUACUUUGAUCAGCUAUAGAAACUAUUGCGAACGUGUAGUGAAUACAUUUUUGGGGAGUCCUUCAGACGUGCAUAUGUUCCUUCCAUCCCUUUUUACCACAGAAAAUAAGAGCACUCUUCUAGAAAUAUACGUUCAGAAUUUGUAUAAACACUUUGAUAUCAAAACGGAACUAGUGCGUGAUGAUUGCCUUAAAUUUUUUAUAAACAAUUCGGAAGAAGAAAAUUUACUCAUCCUAAAUGAGAAAGGUACUGUAUAUGUGGAUGAAUUUAUGGACAAAGGGGGAAUGAAUCCUACCGAUGGACGUAUAAAGAGCAUUCAUAUUAUUAACAGAAAUGAACAUUUCCCUAAUGACUAUGAAGGAAGUGUAGAACAUAUAAAAAAUAUGUGUAAGCAUUUAUACAUUUAUCACUAUUUUGGGGAGAGGUACGGGGAUGUUUACGAGUGGGGUGGAGAGGGAUACAGCGGGGAGGAGAUCCACUCAGGGCGAAGGACAAAUCUGCUACCCUACCAAAGAUAUAUUUUUUCCUUUGAAAAGAACUGUCAAAAUUAUGACCUAGAAAGUGUAGAUGAGAAAAUAUUUAAAGGUACCAAAGUAUUCCUCGGGAUGUACAAAAAGAAUAAAAAAAUCCAGUCGCUAUUUGCAGAGAGGGUGAUCCAUGUGUGUAAUCUUCCAAAGGGUGAAGUGUCUGUACUGAGGGAAACUCCACCAAAAGGGGAGAAUAUCAUGGCAAGACAGGACUUAUCCCAUGUGAUGGAGAAGGAGUGGUUCCAAGACGCACUCACAGAAGAAUUUAAAGAAGCGGUCAAUGAUAUAAAAAUAGCUAGACUGAACCCGAAAGUGCAGGACGCAAGGCUCAGCAGCUACAUAACUUACCAUAUAGUACUAGAUGAAGUUAAAGACAAUGACGCAGACGAAUUAAAUAUAAUUGUAGAGGCGUUGAAGAACUUCCUCAAUAGGCAUAACGAGUUUCUUCUAGAAAACUACGUGAACGAUGUAUAUGCAUGUGUUUACAGAAAGGGAGGAGAAUCUGCCAAGGGGAGACUCAAAUUGGAACCAAAAAAAAUACUAAGAUUGCACGUGCUGUUUGAUGGAGAAAAUAAUGUAAUCGAGGAAGUUGGAAGUGUACCCAUCUUUGACGUUGACGCGUUGUACUUAAAAAGAAAAAGGGCUAGAGAUAUAGAUACGCUAUAUGCCUACGAUUUUGUGAAGGCUAUAAAUAUUUCCCUAAACAGGAUGAAUAACGGAGGAUCCAAGGAUCUGUUCACAUAUGUGAAUAGCGUAAAGGAGUUUAAGCUCGACUUGGAGGCACUACAUGGAGUGGAAGAUUCCAAGGCGGAGGGUAACAUAGCGAAGCAAUCCAUGUGUCAUACGGGUGGGUUGUUUCCUCGGCAUGAUGGCCUCAGCGAAGACGAAGUAAAGAUAAGAAACGCGCUGUAUCUGUCAGACAAGCUAAACGUAGGCCAAAACAAACUGAGCGUCAUUGGUCUGUUGAUGAACGUGAAGACAAUCGAAUACAAAGAAGGCAGAGAUGUCAUUUUUAUCAUAAAUGAUAUAACUACCCAUGGUGGCUCAUUCAGUGUAGUGGAAGAUCAGUUAUUUUAUGCCAUAUCUAGCUACGCGAGGGAGAAGAAAAUUCCGCGCAUUUAUAUAUCGUGCAAUUCAGGUGCAAGAAUUGGGCUGUACAAUUUUUUGAUGGAUAAAAUUCAAGUCAGUUGGAAAGACGAAGAAAAGAAGGAACUGGGGUAUGAUUAUAUUUAUAUAACAGAAGAGGUCAAAAAUAAAAUAUCCAAGGAAGACAUAAUAUUUUUAAAGGAAGUUAUUAAAAAUGGGGAGAAAAGAUACAUAAUUGAAGGUAUAGUAGGAAACUUAAAUAACCAUAUUGGAGUGGAAAAUUUAAGGGGGAGUGGUCUUAUCGCUGGUGAAACAUCCAAAGCAUAUGAUGAAAUUUUUACCCUAUCAUAUGUUACCGGAAGAAGUGUUGGCAUCGGUGCUUACCUUGUUAGGCUCGGGAAAAGAACCAUCCAGAAGAAAGGCUCUUCCCUUUUACUAACAGGGUUUAAUGCCCUAAAUAAAAUAUUAGGAGAAAAGGUCUAUGUCAGCAAUGAGCAAUUGGGAGGGGUAAAAAUUAUGAUGAGAAAUGGCAUAUCUCAACUAGAAGCUCACAAUGAUCAGGAUGGUGUGGACAAAAUUUUCAAGUGGCUAUCCUAUGUACCCAAAACGAGUGACCAUUAUUAUGAUGUUAUUGAGGAGGUGCGCCAGAAGACAAGUGGAAAUAGCUACUAUGAGCAGGGUAAGGUAGAGAGCGCAGAAAGGGAAGUAAAGAAACUUUUCGAGGAGGAAGAGAAACCCACAUCGGAGAAGGAACCUCCAAAAGUGUACUUCCAAAGAAUUAACGACAUAGACAUGGAUAACAUACAAAACGCAGAUGUAAUAGAACUUAUAAAGGGAACAGACACGAAGCAGGGAUUCUUAGACAAAAAUAGCUAUUUCGAAUACAUGAAUGAAUGGGGAAAAGGGAUAAUAACGGGGAGGGGAAAAUUGGGUUCCAUCCCGGUGGGAAUUAUAGCUGUUAACAGAAAUUUAGUAACGCAAGAUGUUCCGUGCGAUCCAGCAUUGAAGACCAAAGCAGUGAGAUCAACACAAGCACCAUGUGUUUUUUUCCCGGACAAUUCAUAUAAAACUGCUCAGUCUAUUGAAGAUUUUAAUAAAGAAAAUUUACCCCUAUUUGUUUUUGCCAAUUGGAGAGGGUUUUCAGGUGGUACAAUGGAUAUGUUUAACAGUAUUUUAAAAUUCGGAUCAAUGAUUGUUAAUCAGUUGGUUAAUUACAAGCACCCCGUUUUUGUGUACAUCCCAAUUUGGGGAGAGCUGAGAGGUGGAUCAUGGGUUGUUGUAGACGAAACGUUGAAUAGCCAAAUCAUCGAGAUGUAUGCAGAUACGAACAGUAAAGGAGGAAUUUUGGAGCCACCCGGAAUUGUUGAGGUGAAGUUUAGGUUACCAGAAAUAAGGAAGCUGAUGCACGGUAUUGACUCGUCUAUAAUUACUCUGGACAAGCGGCUGUCCGAAGCGCAGGAGGAUGGCGUGUCUAAAAUAAAACAAGAAAUAGAGGACAAAGAAAAGGAGCUAUUGCCAUUUUAUUUACAAGUGUGCCACAGAUAUGCAGAUCUUCACGAUGUGUCGAAAUGCAUGAAGUCCAAGGGAGUGAUUAGGAAAAUCGUUCCUUGGGAGAAAGCCCGCUCCUUCUUUUACUAUCGCCUCGUGCGGCGCUUGUUAAUGAGCACGUUGAGCAGAAAAUACGGAACUUCUUUGACCCAAAGUGAAGAAUUCAAAAAGCUCACCAGUGACAUCACCUCCUCCGACGAGGACGACUACGAAGUGUGCAGCAAAAUUUUGAAUGAAAAUACGCUGAGGGAUAUAGAGCGACUAACGAAGGAUCUGCACCAUCAGAAAACGAUGGACGACUUUUACAGGACCUUUCAAAGUUUGCCCCUACAACAGAGAAGGGAACUCUUUAGUAAGCUGAGUUCACAUCAGUAG